AUGGAAAAUAUCCGAAUUGUGCUGAGCGAAGACCUGCGGGGGGGAAAAGUACACGCAGAGUUGCAGGCACUCUUAAAGGAGGAGGAGGAAAAGGACAAAAAUGAAACGGAGUAUGGGAAGAUGCUCCAGGGGGGGGACGUCCAAGGGGGGCACUCCGAAGAGGGGAACUUCGAAGAGGGCCACUUCGAAGAGGGCCACUUCCAGGGGGGCCCCUCCCAAAGGGAUGACGAGGGCAGGACACCCCUUUUGGAGAAACGCACGUGUCAUAUUUACACAAAUUUUCCCUACAAAUCUCACUUCGUGAAAAAUCAUGAAAGGAAGAACAAAGAGGAUGGACCUGAGAGGUACACGGACGACAUGGAGCUGAGUGGAUACAACGAAGUGGAGGAGGAGGAGACUCCCCCCGCGAGUGAUCUCCAACUAGCGUUAAUCCUUGUCCUUAUCGAUGAACCUUACAUCGAAGAGGAAUGCCCGCAUUUACGAACUUCCAUUUUGAGCAAAAUCGAAAAGAUACAAAAAGCGUAUGACCAUGUUAAGGUUAUUUGUCUCUUCAUAGGAGUGCGUGAGUAUAUAAAUAGGACGAAUUGCAACAAGGAUGUUGGUGAGUCCUUCGACAAAAGGAGUAUCACUGAGAGGGGAACCAACCGAUGGGAUGCAGAACACACCAAGAUCAACGAAAAAUUGUUUGAUAGACUCAUCGCGACACUACUUAUUCGACACCAGGUGGACUCCAUCGAGAUGGAAAACGAUAAGAAUCUCCACAGGUUUAUUUUCAAGUGCUGCCGGUAUCUUUACUUGUCUAAGGUACGGAAGCUUAACUCAUACUUUAAGGUCAAGCCGCCUGGGCUCAGCCAGCUCAACCGGGAGAGGGUGAUCCGGGAGAAGGGGAUCCCGCCCCCCCCCGGGACGUUGGCCGGGACGCUGGCCGCCACACCCCCCCAACGCAGGCAUUUCCCCACGUGGGUCUCCCAGUUGAUGCAAAUCAACGGGCUGUCCGAAGAUGCCUCCAUAAGCAUCGCCCAGGCGUUCGGCACCCCCUUCGACUUAAUUAUGCACUUGAAAAAAAAAGACGACGAAGAGUGCUUACAGGAUUAUAUCAUCAGUUCAUCCUACGGGGAUCGGCGCCUGGGCAGGGCCCUCUCGCGCAAAGUGUUUCGCGUUUUCUCCCCUGACGCGCAUCCCGAAAAUUACGUUUCGUAG